AUGGAAGAUCAAAUAGUAAAUGCUAUACAUAUAGCAUUGGACGAGUCGGCUGACCAGAAGCUACAGUUGCAAGCGUGUGAGUUUCUCAAUGAGGUCAAGAGCUCGAAAAAUGGCUAUGACACAGCAUUGACUCUUUUAGCCGCGUCAGCACCAAUUACAUCGCCAAUAUCGUCGGCGACACCAGCAUCAGUGUCAGCGUCAGUGUCAGCGUCGACAUCGGCAGCGGCAGCGGCAAACACAGCAUCCGUCAACAGUCUUGCGCCCGAGUUGAAAUUCUAUUUAUUCGGUGUUAUUGAAGAGAAUACAGACGAGUUGAACCAGGAAGAAUGCCAUCAGCUAUCGCUAACGAUGUUUAAGUUACUAUCCGCAUACAUCCUCCACCAAGUCAAGGAUCCGCCAUAUUUGAAAAACAAAUUGGCUCAAGUGUUUGCCAAAAUUUUUACUCGUGUUUAUUUAACCACUUGUCCAAACUUUCUAGUAGAUUUACUCGCCUCUAUCGAGUCCAAUAGCCAGCUAGCGGUAGAUUAUUAUACUAGGAUUUUAAUUAGUAUUCAUUUAGAGAUUGGUGACAAGUAUAUUAGACGUUCCCCGUCUAUCUCGGAAAGAAACAAUUUGCUUCGAGAUGCCAUUAGGGAUAAAGAUAUGACUAGUUUAGUAUCGAGUUGGUUCAAAAUACUUUCAGAUACCAAUAAUACCAGUGAGAUUCUAAAUAAUACGUUAAAUAUCAUAGCCCAGUACGUUGACUGGAUGGAAAUAAGCUUGUUUGUUUCUCCACGUACUAUUAGCAUCAUUGCAAGUUAUUUCCAACGAGAGGGAGAGCGCAAUUCAACUUGCGAAACCUUAAUCCGUAUAUUAUCCAAAAAGAUGCCUCCUUCCAAUAAGUUGGAGCUCAUUACUCUUCUCAACUUGCCGGAUCUCAUAACCAUUAUUGAUUUGUCUCAAGAUAUUGAGUUUGUUGAACACGUUGCAAAAUUGGCAAAUCAAAUGGGAGAGGAGUUAAUAAUUGUUUUGGGAAACGAUCCAAACACUAUUAAUGAGGUGACUGGACACCUACGCAUACUAUGGCCAAUCAUUCUUACUUUUUUGGGUCAUGAGUAUGAUGAUGUGAGCCAAGUUGUGUUUUCUUUUAUUCAACAAUUUCUAGCAGCUUGCAAAAAGUAUUCCCAAUUAUACUCAAUGGAGCUUCUAUCUAGUCUUUUAAACAAGCUCAUUAUCAAGAUGAAAUAUAGCGAUGAUGAAGAUGGUGGUGGUGGUGGUGACGACGACGACGGCAAAAUUGAUUCCGAUGAGGAGACUGAACAACAAUUCACCGAGUUUAGAGCAAGAUUGAAACUUUUCCAAGACAAUAUAGCCAUAUUAGCACCGGAUUUGUAUAUAGAAACCAUUCCUGUGGUUAUUAACGAGUCACUCUUUCUGGGGGACAAAUCAUGGAGAACUUUGGAAUUGGGGUUAUUUGAGUUGAACAAUUUUUCAGAGAGCUUAAAGCUGAAUUACUUAAAUGUACCCAAGAACAAAAUAAACGAAAGCAAACUCUACUCAAUACUUCAGGAGUUUUUGAUAAAGUUGAUAGAAUCUUCUUUUUUGUUGGAAGUCAAUCAUCCCCAUAUUCAAUCCAGUUUUUUUGAGCUUGUUGUUAAACACUAUAGUUUUUUAAACUCGCAUGAGAAUAGAAAAGAUUUGGUACUUCGAAUUUUGGAGAUUUUCACGAGCCCAUUAGGUUUGUUUAAUAAUAAUGAAAAAGUUAGGCUUAGAAGCUGGUACUUGUUUUUCAGAUUUAUGAAAUUGACAAAGCCCAAAAUGGAUAGCGAAAGCUUGAUCGAACAGAUCAUAGUCAAAUUGCAACCUUUGUUGAUAAUAAAGGCUGAAUUGCCAACGCGUGAUGAGGAUGACGAUAUAGUGGAAAAUGGCAAUUUCAAUAAUCAGCAGUACCUUUUUGAAACCAUGGGUUUGCUCAUCUCGUUAAUUCCCAACGAAUUAUCCUCAUUAAAAGUUAAACUAAUGGGAGCCAUUUUCCAGCCCAUCUUCAACGAUUUGGAAAAAUGUAUUUCCAUUGCUGACAAAGAGCCAAUUAUUGUAUUGCAAGCCCAUCAUUCUCUUAUGGCACUUGGAACAAUUGUUAGAGGCUACGAUUACGAAACAAAUUUGAAAUUUUCUUUAGAAAUUGUUGAAAAAGUGGAUAACGCAGCUCAAGUUGUUUUGAUCACAUUGGAGAACUUUCCCAAAUCCGAGAGCAUUAGAGAUGCGUCGCGGUUUGCAUUUGCCAGAUUUAUACCCAUUUUAAGCACAUCCAAUAUAAGUGCUCAUUUAACCAAAUUAAUAACGAUUAUUUGGUCUGCUCCUAAUUUGAAAAUUAGAGAGAUUAGCGAUUUUAUGAGCUUCCUUGGUCAAAUUGCACACAGUUAUAGAGCAAACGAAAAUAUCUAUCAAUUACUUAACAAUUUCCUAUCCCCAUUGUUCACCAAAGUUUUUGAUACUUUAGACCAGUCAACUUCUGAAGCCGAUGAGUUGAGACCAGACAUUUUAAGGGACAAGAAUUUUUUGAAAAAAGCGGUACUCAACUUUGUCAAUGCCCUUAUAAUAAACCACUUGGCCAGCUUGCUAAUUACAGAAAGCAACAAGAACGAGUUCCCGGUAGUUGUUUCGAAAUUGUUUGAGUAUGCCUAUGACUUGUCCGACACUGCAGUAUCGAAAUUGUCCAUUGUCCAGUUGAUAAACUUGGUGAAUGUCUUUGGAGAAGGCGGCAAGAUUACAGACAAAGAAGAUAGCUAUGGCCAAGCAUUACCUGCAGUUGAAGGCAUUGACGAGUUUUUGAUGGAAAAAGUUGUCAAUUUAUCAUUUGAGCUUCCUUUUCAAAAGCAAGAAUUUGAUUUGAGUGAUGCCCAAUAUAGAUUAAUAGCUCAGGAUAUAGCAAUGUUGCUCAAGACUUAUCAGCAGAAAAGGGGUGACAGUUUUGUAAAGUACUUAUCGACUUAUUUGACAAAUAUGGGAUUAGGUCAUGAUAUGAUGAAUGAGUUUUGCACAAGCUUGAUCAAUAUGGAUUCAAAAGAGUUUAAAAAGUAUUUUGUAUUGUUUAUUAGUAGGAUGAAAGGUGAUAAAUAA